UAUAUUAAAUAUAUUUUUUUAUUGCUAUAUCACUUUUAAAUAAAAUGCCAGCUUAUAAAAGGGAGAUCGACACGAGAGAUUUACCAAGUGAAUUUGACACGAACACAGUUAAUACAAUAAAACGUAUUGAAAAAAAUACAAAUGUCGUUGGAAUUAUGCACUUUCAUCAAAAUAACGUUCAACUGUGCACUGUUCCAGAAAGCAUGACAAAUAUAUUAAUAAACAAAUUGCCGUCUUUAACAUCUAUCUUUCAGCACAGUAUUGGUGAAAUUACAGCAUCCUUGAAUGAGAUUAAUCCUGUAGUCGACAGAAUUAUGGAAGACGAUUCCGUUGAAGGAGUUAUCAUGACAAAUAAAGAAGGAAUACCUAUUUUAACAAAUGUUAACCUAAUGGCCGCCACAAACCAUGGCCUCGGUAUGAAACGCUUGGGAGAGAUGACAAAAAUAAGUACUAAGGAAAUUGAUAUUUUUGACGAUGUGUUAGUAUUACGACUCAUAACGAAGAAAAUUGAAAUAAUAGUGGCACCAAAUAAGGAAUUUAAUAUAAUUGUAAUGCAACACGCAAGAGACAAACAGAAAAUCAAUAAAUCCAAUAAACAAACAAAAAUUGACACUAAGAAACUUAUAAAACAGUAG